CGUGUCUCUGUCUGCGUCUCCACUUCCUUCGCCUCCUCGAUCGCUCCCGCGUCGCUCCUUCGACCGAAGUCGCUCAAUACCUCGUUCCCCGCUUUCAUGGCUUCCGAUCGAGGCUUCGUCGCUCCUGAUUGCCUGUUCAAAGGGUAGGGUUUGGGGGUUUUCAAUCUGUAUCUCCGUUUCCUUGUCGCCAUGUCUUCGUCUGCUCCUAAUCCGGCGUCCGCGGCGGCGCCGUCAGCGGCCAAGAUCUGCUUCAACUCCCAAUGCAAGGAAACUGUAUCGGACCACCCUUCGCGGAGGAAUAAAGGGUGGUGCCUACGCUCCGGGGAGAUCGCUGAACUCUGCAGCCGCUGCUCAUGCGCAUUUGAGCAAGGGACUUUCUGCGAGACGUUUCAUUCCGGUGUCACUGGUUGGAGAAACUGUGAGACAUGUGGCAAGCGGCUGCAUUGCGGUUGUAUAGUGUCGGCUCAGACUUAUGUUUAUCUUGAUGCUGGAGGAGUUGAGUGCCUUGCAUGCGCCAAUAAAUCUGUUGUAAAGGGGCCAAAUCAGAUUUCUCCUCCUCCUAUGCUUAUGCAACAUGCCUUGGAAAGAAGAGAUUCACCAACUAAAACCUGGAGAUCAGUUGCCACCCCAUCUUAUGGGCAAUGGCGUCAAGCUCCACAUAUGUGGACUAUGACAAAUAUGCAGUCUGAUUUGCAACAAAGACUAUCAUAUGAAUUUGAUAGACCUUGUACUAUUGAAAGGUUGGCAACUGGAAGGCGGCACUAUAUAUCAGCGCAUGAAAAAAACUAUGAGCCCAAGAGAAUAAUUUCUAGAAGCAUUAAUAGCAUUCCACAAGAUAGAUAUGCUGAUGGGAAUACAGGAGAAAAUGAUCCAAAUUCUACAAAUAAACCAGUAACUGCAGACCCUUCAACGAGUUUUGGAUUUAAAUUUGAAGCAAAACCAAAUUCAUCCACCAAUUUGCAACCACUACCUACCAAUUUGCAACCACUACCUACCAAUUUGCGGCCACCAUCUCUUUCAAAAGAAAAUUCAUCUCUGGUUAUCGGGUUACCAGUUCCCUUUUCAACAUUGCAUGGAGCAAGCUGUCCAAUUAAUCUUUCAGCAAAGCAGUCACCAGCUCAAGUAACUUCUCCAUUAUCAAACCAGUUUUGUCCUUCACAUAUCAAUGAAGCUGGAUUGCAAGUUCAAAUGCGCAAUGGAAGAACUAGAGGUGAUGCCUUUCCACCGACACAAUUACUUCCUCAAAAUUGGCCUACAAUAACAGAUCAAAAGCUUCAAGAAAUAUCUGGAGAUCGACAAACUGCCAUCAUUCCCUUGUUUGAAAAGAUGCUAACUGCUAGUGAUGUUGCUCGGAUUGGACGGCUUGUGUUACCCAAGAAAUGUGCUGAGGUGUACUUCCCCACAAUUUCUCAGCCUGAAGGACUUCCAUUAAAAGUACAGGAUACAAGUGGAAGGAGUUGGACAUUCCAGUUUCGAUUUUGGCCUAACAACAACAGCAGGAUGUAUGUAUUGGAGGGGGUUACACCUUGUAUUCAGGCAAUGCAACUGCAAGCAGGUGACACAGUUACAUUUAGUAGGAUAGAUCCAGAAGGAAAGCUGGUCAUGGGAUUUAGAAAGGCUUCUUGCAGCUCUAAUGAACAGUCCGAAGCCAAAAUUCGUAACCUGCAGGAUCCUAAAACACAUAAUCCUGGCAACGAUUUCUCAUCACCACCAGAAGAUUUGGACAAUGCAGCAGAUCAAUCUACCCAGCCUAUACAUAAGGAUUGGUCUAUUGCCAGGUCACCACCAGUUCCUAGCAAAAGGAAAGCAAAAACACUUGGCUCAAAGAAUAAACGCCUAAGAAUCGAAAAUGAAGAGUCCAUGGAACUGAAAUUAACAUGGGAAGAAGCUCAAAAGUUGCUCCACCCACCUCCAAAUUCUUCUCCUAGUGUCGUCGUUAUUGAAGGCCAUGAGUUUGAGGAAUAUGAGGAAGCGCCUAUACUCGGGAAGAUGUCAUACUUCACUUCAAAUCAAGCUGGGUCAGCUUGCCCUCAGGAGUUGGACUCAGAGUCAAUAGCAGACACGAUACCCUGUAAAACAGUUGGUUCCAAGAGGAGCAAGGCAAAUGCACAAAAGGACAACGUCCAAGCCUCAGAUCGUCUCGACACACUUGUGAGUCUCGCUAUCAGCAAAAACCUUCCUGCAUUCCAACCAACAACGAAGCACCCUCGGCACAAGCCCGGCUGUUCAUGCAUCGUCUGCAUACAGCCUCCUAGCGGGCAGGGCCCCAAGCACAAGCCGGAUUGCACGUGCAACGUCUGCCUCACUGUGAGACGCAGGUUCAAAACACUCGAAUCAAGGCGGGAAAAGCGUCAGUCUGAGAAGGAGCUUGAAACUUCAGAGAAGCAACCAUUAACAACCAUCCGACUGCCCAAGGUUUUACCAGAAGCAGGGAAUAGCAAUCCUCCAAGUGACGAGACUGCGUCUCAGAGAGCAACGAUGAACGUCAACGCGGAAACAUCUCCAUUGCUGCCCAUCAAGAUUCCCCAGAUUGAUUUGAACAUCCAGCCAGAGCGGGACGAAGAGCCAUCCACUGCCAGCCAAGCUGACACUAGUACUAUAGUGAGCCUUUUCGAGACGGGAGCAACCAGGAGAACACAAGAACUUGGCGAGGCAUGUCAAACCAAAGUUAGAGAUGCGACUGUUCGGUAGGCAAUUUGAUGGCCAACAUCAACAAUCUCUCACACUUUUGCUUCAUGGUUUGCAAUUUGAUGCUAAUUUACAUGGCCGAUUGUGUCUACCAUUUGUGCAGUGGUCAGGCUAAUGUAAUACAUCGAUGUGAAGAUGCUUUAGUUGCAGUUUCCUCGUUAUUUA